AUGAGUGUAUUCAAAUCUGCAAUGGGGUACUUCAGCUCUGGAAGUGCCAACGGGGGCAGUGAUAAUGAUUUUGUUGGGCAGUUUGUCGAAAUUGGCAAUAUGAAACUCCGAGUGAAAAAAGUAAUAGCUGAAGGUGGUUUUGCAUUUGUCUUUGUUGCUCAAGAUGUUGGUUCAGGAACAGAAUAUGCAUUGAAAAGGCUUAUGGCUGCUGAUGAGCAGGCUAAUAAGAAUAUAAUACAAGAAAUAAGUUUACUUAAAAAACUGUCAGGACACCCUAAUAUAAUUAAAUAUAUAGCUGCCUCAUUUAUUGAUAAGUCUAAGACAACACACGGGAUGAGUGAAUACUUAUUGUUAACUGAUUUGUGCAGUGGAGGUAGCCUAAUGGAAGCUCUACAAAAUAGAGGGCAAGGAUUUCCUUUACCAACACCAACAAUAUUAAGGGUAUUUUACCAAGCUUGUAAGGCUGUGCAACACAUGCAUGCACAGGUCCCUCCUAUAGCGCAUCGAGAUCUUAAAUUAGAAAAUUUUCUUAUUUCUAAUGAAGGGACAAUAAAGUUGUGCGACUUUGGUUCUGCAACUACAGAAGUGUAUUCACCUAACCCUUCUUGGAGUGCAAACCAAAGGAAUAUGUUAGAAGAAAAUUUGGCCCAAUUUACUACUCCAAUGUAUAGAGCGCCAGAAAUGCUUGAUACAUGGGAUAAUAGAAGGAUAGAUCAUGCAGUUGACAUGUGGGCUCUUGGUUGUAUAUUGUACACCUUAUGCUAUAUGCAACACCCGUUUGAGGAUUCUGCAAAGCUGGCUAUACUCAAUGGCAAUUAUACAUUAAAUCCAAACGAUCAAGACUAUAAAUUCUUUCAUGAGAUUAUAAGUGGUUGCCUAACAGUGAACCCCGAGAUGAGGCUGCCAGUAAGCGGAGUACUCGAGCGUUUAGCAGCCAUAGCCGAGACCCAUAAUAUCAAUAUCAAGCAACCACUCAAAUUUGAGCGUAAAAAAGUUGAACAAUCUGUGGCCACUAGCUCGCCAGGAGUCAAAGAGAACACUGCAGGCAUAUCUGAAGCGCCAAGUCCGAGGCCACCGGAGCCAAGUAGGCCUCCGCCCCCUUCGAGACCACCUGCGGCCCCACAUUACAUGCCUCCACAGGCGCAAGCGCAGCCUACUUCUGGUGGCUUAUUUUCAUCCAUUAAGGACGGCGCUGGAAGCUUCUUAAAAAAUCUUAAGGACACGUCGUCCAAAGUUAUGCAAACUGUACAACAGUCUAUAGCCAGAGCGGACUUGGACAUAAGUUAUAUAACUAGUCGUGUUAUUGUUAUGUCAUAUCCGUCGGACUUACUAGAAAGUGCUUAUAAGACUAAUCAUAUUGAGGAUGUUAGGUUGUACCUCGAAAGUCACCAUCCAGGUGGCAAGUACUGUGUUUACACCGUACACGAUGCAAAGGCCCGCUUCCCGCGGCGGCAGUUGGUGACAGACACCUCGGUGUGGCCGUCCGAAGACCAUCGCGCGCCAUUACUGGCUUCAUACUAUUCUCUGCUGCAGCACAUGUACCAGUACUUGGGGAAGGACGACAAAAGCGCACUCGUUAUUGCUUGCUCUGACGGUAAAUCAAGAUCUGCGAUGCUUUUAUGCGGGCUGCUGCUGUACGCGAAGUUGGUGACGGUUCCGGAAGACGCGCUGCAAAUAUUUGCCGUGAAACGGACACCGAUCAACAUGUUACCGAGUCAACUGCGAUACCUGUAUUACCUUCAUAAUAUCGUCAGGCCAGAACCAGUGUUACCUCACUUCAGGCCUGUCUCUUUAGUGUCAUUAACAAUCCAACCUGUGCCAUUAUUCACUAAAGCGAGGGACGGUUGCCGACCGUACUUGGAAGUUUUCAAUGAGGACAGACUAAUUUCGCCGCCCUUACGCGGCUAUGAAAGUUUACACUUAUAUAACAUGGCUGAAGGAAAGGUAACUCUACCACUGGACGCCACAGUAACUGGCGAUGUAGUGGUGGUAGCGUACCACGCGCGACAGCAACUCGGCCGCUUCCAGCGAGUGCCGAUGUUAUCUGUGUCAUUCCACACUGGCUUCUUGUCGUAUGAUCAACAUGCUAUCAAGUUUACCAGGUCUGAAAUAGAUGGCAUAGAUGAAGCAUCGCCCGUGAACGAUCAUUUCUCAGCGAACGUAUCUGUGGUUAUCAGCCUAGUCGUACAAAAUGGAGAACGACGUAAGCCGCGCAGCGAUGUCUGGGAGGAAGACCAUUCCUUCCCCAUUCGGAUGCCGGAUGUAUUAUUCUCCACUACGUUAGAGCGAGACGAAACGGUGGAUAACUUUGUUACAGCUGACUAUCCACCAAGAGAAGCCGAAAAACCGCUUCGCCCCGCACCGCCAUCCCCGCAAAGACCCCCGCGACCUGCACAAGUGCCGACCACAGAAACAAACUUCUUCAAUCUCUCUAAACAGGAAGAAGAACCGAAGCCUCAGGAGAAAUUGAAGAGCCAAGAUUCAUUUGACUUCUUCGGUAUGAUGGAGAAACCGGCGGAGGAAUCAUUCGGUGAUUUCUUAAGCAAAAAAAUUGAGGAUAACCCACAGCCAUUUUCCGAAAAUAUAUUUGGGGAUCUACCGCCACCUCCAGCUAAUGUGGCACCAGCCAAUGUCAACUCGAGUGAUCCUCUCAACUUUGAUCCAUUUGGUUUGAAUGACCCACUACCGAAACAGGAACCGCUUUUAACACCACAACUUAUUAAGGAAGAAGGUCGAUCUCAAAGUGUACCACUAGAAAAAGCACAACCACAAGCCAGAGGUGACCCCUUCGCUGAUCUCGGAUCUUUGGGGACUGGCCUGAAUGCUGCAUCCAACACUACAAAUGCUGCUCCAGCUAUGCCCAACGUAACCAAUAUUCCAACUGCGGCAAGUAAUGUUGGUGCGUUUGCCACGAACGUUGGACCUUCGCCCAUGAAUACCCCAAGGGCGUCCCCGGCACACACGCCCUCGCAUAGAGCGCACACGCCCCAACAACCAGACUACAGUCGCAGUCAUUUCGACGCUCCUAAGCCUCCGGCAGAGGAGAAGGUGAAAAAGCCAGCAGAUGUCUUUGGAGAUCUACUGGGCAGCCAAGGGUAUGACUUUGCGAAGCGUGAGACCGGACCAAAAACGAUGAACGCUAUGAGGAAAGAGGAACUGGUUAAGGAAAUGGAUCCGGAGAAACUCAAAAUACAUGAUUGGACGGAAGGCAAGAAGGCGAAUAUACGAGCACUGCUCUGUUCACUACACACUGUAGUGUGGGAGGACUGUAGAUGGAACAGGUGUGACAUGUCGCAGCUAGUUACGCCGGCAGAUGUUAAGCGGAACUAUAGGAAGGCUUGUCUGGCUGUCCAUCCCGACAAGCAAAUGGGAACACCAAACGAGAACAUAGCAAAAAUGAUAUUUAUGGAGCUAAACAACGCGUGGAGUGAAUUCGAGAAUGAUACCAAGCAACAGAACUUGUUCCAGUCUUAA